AUGAAGUACUCCCUCCUAACUGUCGCGCUGCUCCCCCUAGCAUACGCGGGGUGCUACACAGGAGGCGAGGCAUGGCCAGACAACAAACCUGCCAUCACCAAAGCAAUUGCGAAAACAUCCGAAUUCUUCGUUAGACAGGGGCCCUUGAGCCCUGGCGAGCAUGAACUUACCCAAAAAGUCGACGGAGUCUGCGUCCAGUUCAUCCUAGACAAUCUUCAGGAGAAGCCGGCCAAAGUUACCGAGCAGUAUGCUGUGAACCACUUUUCCAACGAGUAUACCGGAUGCGAAUAUGGCGGGGACUCGAGCUAUGAUAACUGGCGAUUCGUUGCGGACCCUAACGCUUGCUAG